UCAGCACAUCUCAGGAGCAACAGAGCGCUAAUGGCCGCUGCUGAGAUGAGCGGAUGGGCCACAUCCUUUGAGUCCGAGGCGCUCCCUUCUAGAGGACCGUUAGCUCGGCCGACGCCGAGUUAAAAUGGUUUAUAUCCAAGCGGGAAACCAACUCAAAUCUGUAGUAUACAUCGCGAAUAUUGCCCUUCAAAUAGCAGAGUGGUAGUGGUCAGUUCAGCCUGCCUAACCUGUUACCAUGGCGCUGAAGGACCGCGUGGAGUCUGUAUUAAAUGUGGGCCUCCGUGUGCCCAGUAUCAUGCUGCUGGACGUCCUGUACCGCUGGGACGUCAGCUCUUUCUUCCAGAAGGUCCAGAGAUCGAGCCUUUCCAACAACCCCCUGUUUCAGUACAAGUAUCUGGCACUUUACCUGCACUAUGUAGGUUACAUCCUGAGCCUGGUGCUCCUGACUCUGCCUCGCCAGCACCUAGUUAAACUGUACCUGUAUGUCCUCACAGCGCUGCUUUUGUUUGCUGGACACCAAGUCUCAAGGGAUUACGUUCGCAGUGAACUGGAUUCCGGCAAUGAAGGACCGGUCUACCUGGAACCUCUUUCCAUGAACAGAUUCACCACUGCACUCAUAGCUCAGUUGGUUGUAUGCACACUCUGCUCCUGUGUGAUGCAGACCAAGAGGAUCUGGCUCUUUUCUGCUCAUCUGCUCCCUCUUGUGGCCAGACUGUGUCUUGUGCCACUUGAGACCAUUGUCUUCAUCAACAAGUUUUCUAUGAUCUUUACCGGCCUGGAGGUCAUUUACUUCCUGGCCUCAAAUCUGCUGGUUCCUUACAAUCUUGCCAAAACUGCCUACCGUGAGCUGGCUCAGGUGGUGGAGGUGUACGGCCUGCUGGCACUGGGCAUGUCUCUGUGGAACCAGCUGGUGCUGCCUGUCCUCUUCAUGUGCUUCUGGCUCGUGCUCUUUGCUCUACAGAUCUACUCCUACUUCAGCACUCGAGACAAGCCCACCUCCAGAGAGAGACUGCUCUUCCUCUUCCUCACCAGUGUUGCAGAAUGUUGUAGCACACCGUACUCCCUUCUCGGGCUGGUCUUCACUGUGUCCUUCAUUGCUUUGGGAGUUUUGACGCUUUGCAAGUUUUACCUGCAAGGAUACAGGGCCUUUAUGAACGACAACACCAUGCACCGGGGCAUGACCGAGGGCAUCACUCUUUUGAUUCUGGCUGUUCAGACUGGUCUCAUUGAGCUGCAGGUGAUCCAUCGAGCCUUCCUCCUCUCCAUCAUCCUCUUCAUCGUUGUAGCUUCCAUCCUGCAGUCUAUGCUGGAAAUAGCUGACCCCAUUGUCCUGGCUCUGGGAGCAUCCAGAGACAAGAGUCUUUGGAAGCACUUCCGAGCUGUGAGUCUGUGCCUGUUCUUGCUCAUAUUUCCGGCCUACAUGGCUUAUAUGAUCUGUCAGUUCUUCCACAUGGACUUCUGGCUCCUCAUCAUCAUCUCCUCCUCCAUCCUCACCUCCCUGCAGGUGCUGGGGACGCUGCUGAUCUAUGUGCUGUUUAUGGUGGAGGAGUUUCGUAAGGCUCCAGUAGAAAACAUGGACGAAGUUAUCUACUGUGUCAAUGGCACUUACCGUCUGCUGGAGUUUCUGGUUGCCGUGUGUGUGGUGUGCUACGGCGUGUCAGAGACAGUUUUCGGGGAGUGGAGUGUGAUGGGCAGUACCAUCAUCCUGGUGCACUCGUAUUAUAACGUGUGGCUGCGGGCGCAACUUGGCUGGCAGAGCUUCCUGCUCCGAAGAGAUGCUGUCAACAAGAUCAAGAGCCUCCCCACGGCCAGCAGCUCCCAACUAGAGCAGUACAACGACAUUUGUGCAAUCUGCUACCAGGAGAUGAACAGUGCUGUGAUCACCCCGUGCAGUCACGUCUUCCACGCUGGCUGUCUGAAGAAGUGGCUCUACGUCCAGGAGACUUGCCCUCUCUGUCAUUCACAGCUCAAGAGCCAAUCAGCAUCCACACCCACCCAGGAUGACCCCGUCGCUGCCGACCCCCAGCCUGCUGGUCAGGAAGAGGGUGUGGCCGAGCAGGAAGAUGGUGCCUCUGCAGAAAAUGGACUUGCGCAUGGAGAGAAAUUAGAACAAGAGGAAGAGAAAAGAGUUUGUGAUGGUUUGUUAAAUAUGGAGUCCACUUGUUCUCAACAUCUCAAAAUUGCACCCUCAUCCACCUCUCAUCAUAAGCCUCAUCCACAACCUCCUGACUCACAAGAGGAGGACAGUUCUCCAACUCCUCCCUCAAUUUCUCAUGGUUCAUCUUCAGAGCUAAUGGCUAAAGCUACAGCAACCAUCUCUGAAUAUGAGCCCAUCCCAAACACAGGUUACCCUGAAUCCUCGUCUGAGUUCCCCUCACAGUCCGACCCUCUAAGUCUUCUGCAAAAGAAGAGGCAGUAGAAAGCUAUCACUGACGCACAUGACUUCAUACUGUCCCAAAUCGUCAUAAUAUAUUUUCAAAAAUCCAUGACAGACAUCUCCUUCUCUCUCUUAACAUUGAGCUGUAAAGUUGGAACAAAACAUUAUUUAAAGCAUUUCAGAAGGAUGGGCUUAAUUAUUUUUUCAUUAUACCAAAAGUGCAACAGGAUUUUUUUUAUAUCCAUGUGUGGGAGAAGUCAUUUAGUCAUUUAGCACGUGUCCAGGAAAUGUGAAAUUCUAAAAAGAACUGAAGCAUAUUUUCUAUUCAUCAGAGUUUCAUCCUUGCCAUUUCACUCCAACCAUUUCAUGCAAAAUCCUUAAAUUUAAAUUUUUUGGCCAUUAUUUCCCACUACUGCUGUUCUAUUUGUGGUAUCGGGAUUAUUAUUAUUAUAUUUUCCUCUGCAGCAUGUGCCAUUAUUUACAGAGGUUUAAAGACUAUCAAUUAGUUAUGGUUGGAACUCACAUGGGUCUUAACAUUUCAUAAAAAGCUAUAUUUGGGUUUUAAUGUUGAGCGAUAUCGUAAUUCUUGAUGCCAUCAAACACCUAAGGCUUGGUGCUGUUUUUAUUUUGAGGUCCAGUGUAGAUACAGAUAAUUGAACAUUCAUUUGCAUAUCAUAUUGAUCAAACCAUUUACUGUAUUUGUAUUUGGAUCUGAUUGGCGCUGCAGUAUUUUUUCUUUUGAAUACAUUACCUUGCAUUUCACACUUGUAUACCUAUAAAAAAAAUGAUUGUGCCAGUUCCAACAAAUGCAAUGUUUCAUAUCACCACCAGAUGUCGCCAAAGGCCAACACACUGCACCUUUUAAGCCUCCGUGUGGCUAAUUGAUUCAUUUUUCAUUAAUUGCUCAAAUCUGACUUGUUUGGCUGGUCCCAACAAAACACAUACUUACAGCCAAACCUAUUAUACUGUUAAAUAUAAAGUUAUUUUUACACUGCUUUUUAUAAAUAGUUGUUUUAUGGUACUCAUCUCGAAGAAUUUAAAUACAAAUCUAUCAUUUGAGCCAUCCUUCGCGCUUGUAGAAACCCAGGGCAUGCUAAUAUAAUCACAUGAAUCUUAAUCAGAAAUAUGCUGCCCUGUCACUCCCUGUCACUUGAAUUUGUAUCGUCACCAUUACCAGCUAAUUGAAAAUUUUAAACACACUCCAGCAUUUGUUGGACUGUAAUGAAAACGUGUUUUUUAAAUGUUUCAUAUAUGCUAUAAUCUGAUGCACGCUUGUAUGUAGAGCUUGCUUGUUGCCACUAUGCCCAUUAUAACAUCUAUUUGUUAAGCUAACUCUUUGCUACUGUAUUUUUGCCACUUUUUGAUUUUGGGUCGCUAUUGCACUAAUGUUCUUUCUACUUGCAACGCUCCAAAGCUGUCAAUGUGGCUACCAAACUUUCCCAAAAUCUGUGUGUAAAUCUAUUAUUCAUGUUGCUAUGUACGAAUCAUAGUUGCUUGGUUUCUCUAUAGCUUUAGUAUAUUUUAAAACAGCUUUGAGAAAUUCAAGCAACUUUCAAACAGCCAGUGUUACUGCUUGUCCUGUCGAUAUGAAGUGCUGUAAAGCUGAAGUGAUCGCUCCAAUGCUCUCUACUGGUAGGAGUGGGAUCAGUGAGGCCCUGAAUGACGGGAAAUGGCACACGUCAACAGUAUUAUUUACUAUUACGAUUAUUCUUGAUAUUGUCUUACUGCUAUGAAUGACUUUUUCCUGACAUGCGCUGAGGCGGGACUAUAUAUGAAUACAGUUUAUUUGUAGGAUCAAUCUUGCUCAGCGCUGUGAAAUUAUUUGUGUUUAUUUUUUAAAUGCUGAAAUGUAGACUUCAAUGUCAAAGAGGUGAAUAUACAGCAUAAUCAUGAAUGACAACUUUUUAUGUUCUCAUCCUCACAGUGCUACUUUACUUUAAAAUUAAGCCCUUAAAUAGUACUAGACUAGAUCACUGUUUUCAUUGGAGUACUUAAAACCUGACCUACUUAUCACAUACUCAAUGAUGCAACACUUAUAUGUCCAGUGUUAUUUUCUGCCAUUGUUCCCUUGAAGGUUGAUGACUAUCGUUUGUGAAGUUGCCAUCCUCUACCAUCUCAUAUUUUUUAUAUACAUUUUUUACAUCCACAUAGGAAGGCAACAUGCCAUUUGGAAAAAUCACAAAAACUGUGAUAAAGAAUUAUAGAUGAAAUGAAAACUGAAGAUAUACUCUGUGCUCAAAACCAUGCUUCAGUAUCUAAAAGACGCAACAGUAUUCACAGCUGCAUUCAAGUAGUAGUAUUAUUUCAUAAACAUUAGUGAUAUGGUCUUUAUACUGGUUACAGUAUAAAGACCAUAUCACCAACGCUGCGUUUGCCAAAGAUAUGGCAUUGUUUGGUCAAUAUUUUUACACUUUAAUGCCAACCCCAUUCACAGGUGUUAGUAUUUUUGAAACUUGCACUAUUUAUUCCUUAACAUUUAAAAGUAAAAUGUUUUGUAUUUUCUUCCUAAAACUGUUAGAAAAAUAUUUUUGCUUGACAUUUUUGUUGUUUACCUAAGCCAGCUGUGUUACUGUUGCUUCUGUUGGACCACACUCUCGUCUCUUUCCAUGGAUGUUAGAUUUUGUUGAAGAAAGCGUUGUAUACUGUUACAAAUCUAUUUUUCACUCAGUAAGGACCUCCUCUGUAAAACUGACUGAAUCCUGUUACACAGAUAAUGCCUGGCAUUACCUUGGUUAUGUUACAAAACUGAAUGUGAGAAAUAAAAUGAACGAUCCACUUUG